AUGCGACGCCAACGCCUGAUAAUCUCCUUGGUAACAGUCGUCUUGGUGUGCAUCUCCCUUGUCCUACUUAGAGACACCCAGUUCUCCCCGCCCUCAAUCGUCACCAAUGCGCCAUUAGAGGCGAGCCCUUCACCAUUGUCUUACACGCACUCUUCUUCGGCUGCUUUUCCAAACCCUAUCGUAUCCACACAAUCCUCAAAGAGUCGCCAAGGAUUCCAUCCAAAAGAUGUUCACCCCGUGGCCAGCCUCAUUCAAAAUGCGGAGCAAGGAUUCCACCAAUUGCGGUCUCGACAGUCGAAAACAUUAGCCGAUGCAGUUAGCGAGUAUCGUCGCCGAUAUAAUAUGCAUCCUCCUCCUCAUUUCGAUAAAUGGUUCCAGUUUGCUCAAGCUAAAGGAGUCCAAUUAAUCGACGAAUACGACACAAUCUACCAUUCUCUGCUGCCAUUCUGGGCUCUGAAGCCUAAAACAGUACGGGAAAGAGCCCACGAGGCCUUGGGCUACGACAACGCUGUGAUCGGAGUUCUCAUUAGAGAUGGCGAGGUAACACUCGCCGAGGGAGGCGGCGAAGGACACCAAUGGCAGCGAGAGGCGACAGUUGAUAUGAUGAAAGGCUUUGUUGAAUACUUGCCUGACAUGGAUCUGGUCUUUAAUACUCAUGACGAACCCCGAGUCAUUGUUCCGGGCGACGAUCUCCAAAGGAUGGUUAACUUUGCCAAAGAUCACGCGAUUCCGAAGGCUUUCCAGAAGCAAUCACUGGUGAACAAAUGGUCGGGAAAGCCGGCCGACUUAAACAAGGGUGACCGUAUCGACGAAGUGCGCACUACACGCUUCAAUCGGUUCGCACAUCAACCUACCUGGACAAGCUCUCGGGCUUCCUGUCCGCUAGAUAGCCCUUCGCGAUCCCUUAACGAGAGCGAGCCAGACAAACUCGACGCCUACGCGUAUGGUGAAUUCGGGUUCAUCUACAAUACGACCGCUUUUUCUGAUAUAUGUAACACGCCUUCCCUUCAAUAUAAAUAUGGAUUUUUCGACAGAGCCAACGCAUUCGAUGUGGUACAUGAUUUGUUCCCGGUCUUCUCUCAGAGCAAGAUCUCAAGCUUUCAGGACAUCAUCUACCCAAGCCCAUGGUAUUGGGCUGAUAAGGUACCGUAUGAAGAGAAAAAAGAUCACGAUUGGGACACAAAAAUGGACAAACUAUACUGGAGGGGCUCGACAACCGGAGGGUUCUCGCGAGCAGGCGGUUGGCGUCGGCAGCAUCGACAAAGAUUCGUCAGCAACAUCAACAGUCCUAGCACUGCUAAAGUUCUAUCCAAAAAUGGUCACGGUCACUGGGAGCCGAAAGAAGUCAACCGCAAUCCUUACCGAGACCAAUACGAUGUCAAAUUUACCUACAUUGGCCAAUGCGACCCAACCGAUUGUGCCGCCCAACAAGAAUAUUUUUCUGUGGCUGAGCCAACCGAUCAGCAGCAUGCUUGGGCGUACAAGUAUUUGGUGGAUAUUGAUGGGAAUGCUUUUAGCGGUCGUUUUUAUGCCUUUCUGCGCAGCAAAAGUUUGGUUUUCAAAAUUGCUAUCUUUCGUGAAUGGCAUGAUGAAUGGCUCAAACCAUGGGUCCAUUACAUCCCCUUGAGCUUGACAGGAGAUGAAUAUGUGGAAACUAUGAGAUAUCUUGUCUCAGAAGACGAGGCUCGUGACCGCUUCUGGAACGUCUCGAAGACUUACGCCGGCCUUUCUCACCAUUUUAUUACCUUACGGAACGGCUUCAAGUUUCAUUAUGUUUGCAGCGAGGUACCCGGAGCACCUGCAGCCUCCAAUACCAAAAAACCAUUGAUUAUCUUUAUUCAUGGCUUCCCUGAUAGUUGGGCAGUGUGGAGAUAUCUCCUAAAGUCAGAAACUUUACAGGAGGCGGCCACCCUGGUUGCUGUUGACUUACCCGGCUACGGUGGUAGUGAUAGCCUUGAGGAAUACUCGGGCACGAACGUGAUGGAGAGCCUGGCAGGAUUUGUCAUCGCCAUCAGGGCUAAGUACGGAAUUGAUAACGAAGCCGGCAUACGUCAAAGAAGGACGGUUAUUGUCGGACAUGAUUGGGGUUGCGUGCUUUCCAUGCGUCUUGCCGCUGAGGCUCCUCAGUUGGCGGAUCGAUUUAUCUUGAGUAACGGACCCAUGCCUAGCAUGGUUGCCUCCAACGUUCGUCGAUCACUAUCUUCGUCGCUCAAAAUGUUCAAAACGUCCCUGCGUUCCCCAAUUAAGUUCCGCUCGACAAUUUUCAAGGCAGUCAAAUCAUUAAAGCCGGUCUUACGUCAGUUGGGUCUUUCGGGGUACAUCUUUGUUAUGCAACUUCCCAUGCCCUUCGUUGAGUACCUUGGCACGGGUGGCAACUACUCUUUCUUAAAACUGGCCCAUAAAAGGUCUUAUGGGAACUCGCCAUUCACCCUUGAAGAUGCUGCUGAAUGUAUGGCAAGCACCUUGGGCCCGUCGGUUGAGGAGUGCAAGACGCACACGCCCCAUGGCGAGGGAUACCCUGCUUCGGUGGCAAAGGAGCGCGCCCUUUCCAAUUUCCAGCAUAUGGCCCGUUACUACCGGGAAAAGGCGGCUACCUCGCGCUGGCAGAAAUCUAUCGAGACAAUUGCCGAUCUGCACAGCAUCUCGGGAGGAAAUGAGCUCCAUCGAGCUAGUAGCGGGGCCGGACUGUUUGAUGAUGGACCGACCGGUGUCCUGAAAGCUAAUUCGACCAUUAUUUGGGGCAAAGCAGAUAUCGCUUUGGAUCCACAAUUGUGCUUGAAUGGGUUCUCGGAUUAUCUUGUCCGUAAUAGUCAAGUUGUUGAGCUCCCCCGGUCUGGGCACUUCACUCCACUGGAACGUGAGAGCCGUGCUGCAUUGAGGAGAGCAGUUGAAUGGGCUGCAAAGGGUGAAACAGAGGAUAUCGGAGCUGCCAUUCAGAGAGAUUACCCGGACGCUGUAGUAACGACUGUAUACGAUGAGCUCAUCCCCGUCCAUCCAACCACGAAUAGCACACCGGCGAAUCUCUGGCUUAUGGAGCGUCCGGACCUCAUAGCUACAUUUACCAAGAUUGAGCUUUGGAAGCAAACGCAAUUCAAGCGGAUAGUGUAUAUCGAUUGCGAUGUUGUGGCUGUCAGGGCCCCUGAUGAGCUCUUGACUUUAGAGGUAGACUUUGCGGCAGCUCCAGAUGUGGGCUGGCCGGAUUGCUUCAACAGUGGUGUAAUGGUUCUUCAACCCAAUUUGCAAGAUUAUUUUGCUCUUAAAGCGCUCGCUGAGAGAGGCAUUAGCUUUGACGGCGCAGAUCAAGGGCUGCUAAACAUGCAUUUUCGAGACUGGCAUAGGCUGAGUUUCACGUACAACUGCACACCCAGCGCAAACUAUCAAUACAUUCCUGCCUACAAACAUUUCCAGAGUACAAUCAAUCUGGUUCAUUUCAUCGGAGCUCAGAAGCCGUGGAAUAUGCCAAGGCAGGUGUCCCCGACUGAAUCGCCAUACAACCAGUUAUUGGGAAGGUGGUGGGCUAUUUACGAUAGGCAUUACCGUCACGCCACUACUAGACCCGCGAACAAUUGGAGCAAUGCACCUGUCGCGCCGCAGAGUGACUUUCAAGGCCAUCGGGAAGAAUCCUUACCAGUGUCAUUACCUACGCAAUCCUCUUACUCUACCUCGCAAAAGCAGGCACCGCAGAUUCCUUACGAGCAACCAUUGGGCAUACACACAGGAAUAUCAUUCGAGUAUCCGUCCGUGUCACAUGAGUUGCCUAAGGAUGACGGGUCAAGUACGCGUGAGCCUUCUCAAGCACAGUCUUUCCAGGGAGCAGAAAUUACGCCUGGGCCUGUAGUAAUACCAGCCAUGGCAGAGCUGUCUGGCCAGAAGGAACCUGACGGUAACCGGAGCGUGCAAGUACCGGUGUUAAGUGUUGUCCCGCAAUAUGUCCGUGGAGAAGAGCAUAUCUCAACGUACAUUCAGCGAGAUCCUGACGAGGAACCAACUAACGUCUAUGCUGAACAGCCUUUCGGGGUACAAAUCAGUACGCCAGAUAUCUCAGCAGCUCCUUCAGAUGUCGAAUGCUCCCCAGUUUACCAACACCCUGGGGAACCGCUGCAUGAAGCUAUUGAACAGUCACAUGCACUCCCACUAAGCCCUGAAACCCAGACGUUUGAAGCUCCCCGGACACAGUGGGACCCAGCUCGGGAACCCCCACCUCUAAAUACUAAGCCUGAGGGUAUUGCUCUGGAGACAAAGACAUAUACCAUGUCAGAGGACAAGGAACUUUUCAAGCCCCCUCCAUUUUACCCAGAAGCCCCUAAGAACAUGUACUAUGAGAUACCCAGCGCCAAACCAGAACCAGAGAGAAUCAGCCAGAUAUUUCCCUGGGAAAUUCAUGCCCCCAAGCCAACUCGGGUUUUCCUGGAUGAUGACCAGAGCUCGAUUUCUUUGCCUGGCCCCAUAGCCUCCACAGACUCAGCAAAGGAAACGCCCACGCAGCUUAUGGAAUACAUAUCAUCUUGGACAUCCGACAAGCCAUCCGAGUCAUGGGACAGCUACUCCAGGUCAAACGCCUGGGAUGAUGUUCCAGAAAUACAAAGAUACAUCCAAUCUAUCCAACAAUCCCGAAGGGCCAAAGUUCAGGUAAUCCGAGGCGGGGAUGGCCUCUCGGACCAGAGAACACCUGGCCCAGAACCCAGUAUGCGAUUAACCGACUUCCCCAGCGAACAAGAACGGCCCAGUCUUCCCGUAACUCCAGCACCUAUCAGGAGACUACUACCUUCUUCUGACUUCCUAGGCGAGGGAUCCACCUCGGGACAGCUACCCAUCGCCGAGGGCGUACCAAACCAAGAAGAAUGGGUGGGUGUCACGGCUGAUAACCCGUCAAUAGGCCUCGAAGAACUUCAGCGGCUCCGCUCUGAAGUUCUGGAAAAUCCGGAUCUACUUCUCGAGCGGAUUGCGAGAGCUGCGACGGAGCGCAAGCGUAGGGAUCCGUAG